UAACUUUUUUUUCCCCUGAGAGCCAGAGUUUGUUUACCGGUUUAAAACAUUAAUACUUAAUUAAGCGCUGCCUAUACCUUUUGUUUUACAUUAUAUAUUUACAGGGAAGAGAUUCUCUGAUCCGUGAGUCCCCACACAAAUUUCCGUCCCUUAUUCUUUAUACACGCACAUGCGUGUUAAACUCACUCUCCUUCCUCCAUCCCCUCAACUACCUCAACCUCUUUCUCUCUUUCUCUCUCAGAGCACAGCGGCCAUUUAUCUCCAGUACUACAGUACCACGUACUGAUCCAUCCAUUCUCCCCCUUUUAAUCACAACUGACGUGGAUUAAUUCCCAAUCUUAUUCAUCAUCGUGUUCAUGACCAUGAACUUCAUCCUCAUGCUGAUCACAUAUAUAUAUACCCUCCCCCUCCUCUCAUUCCCGCUCACCGCUUCCCACCCACAAAUCCCCGUCCCUUACCUUCCUCCACCUGUUGGACGAAAUGCCUUUGUCACACUACUCUUCCAAUUCUUCUUUCUUCUUCGUCUUCUUCUUCUUCUUCUUCAUUUUCUUGUUCAGUUGCGGGGAUGCCCGGGGGCCCUUCGCCUGCGACCCUGCAAACGGGCUGACCAGGAGCUUGGGGUUCUGCAGGGUCAACCUCUCUAUACAGCAGAGGGUGAGGGACCUCAUCGCACGCCUCACGCUGCAGGAGAAGAUCCUGCUGCUCGUCGACAACGCCGCCGCCGUCCCCCGCCUCGGCAUCCAGAGCUACGAGUGGUGGUCGGAGGCCCUCCACGGUGUCUCCGAUCUUGGCCCCGGCGUCAAGUUCGGCGGCGCCUUCCCAGGUGCUACCAGCUUCCCCCAAGUCAUCACCACGGCUGCCUCCUUCAACGCCUCCCUGUGGCGCCAGAUUGGACAGGUUGUAUCAGAUGAAGCAAGGGCGAUGUACAACGGAGGAACGGCAGGGCUGACAUACUGGAGCCCAAACGUCAACGUAUUGAGAGAUCCCAGAUGGGGCCGAGCGCAGGAGACUCCCGGCGAAGACCCCGCCGUUGUCGCUAGGUAUGCCGUUAACUAUGUAAAGGGACUUCAGAGCAUGGCCGGCGGCAACCGCCUUAAGGUCGCUGCUUGUUGCAAGCACUACACUGCUUAUGAUCUUGAUAAUUGGAAAGGGGUAGAUCGCUACCACUUCAAUGCGCUGGUAAGUGAGCAGGAUCUGGAAGAAACUUUUAAUGUACCGUUUAAGGCAUGCGUGAUGGAAGGCCAAGUUGCUAGUGUCAUGUGUUCCUACAACCAGGUUAACGGGAGACCCACCUGUGCUGAUCCCAACUUCCGCAAUAUAGUUCGUGGCCAAUGGCAUCUUAAUGGGUACAUUGUGUCUGAUUGUGACUCUGUAGAAAGAUUAUACAAUGACCAACACUAUACGAAAACUCCCGAAGAUGCAGCUGCUCAAUCCAUUAGAGCAGGGUUGGAUUUGAACUGUGGGACUUUCCUAGCACUCCACACCGCGGGAGCCGUGCAGAAAGGCAAGUUGAGUGAGGCGGAUGUAAACUGGGCCUUAACUAAUACACUUACAGUCCAAAUGAGGUUGGGCAUGUUUGAUGGUGAUCCAGCCGCGCACGCAUUUGGGAACUUGGGCCCGAGAGACGUGUGCACUCAGGCCCACCAAAGCCUUGCCCUUGAGGCUGCCCACCAAGGCAUUGUUCUACUACAGAAUCGAGGAAACUCGUUGCCUUUGUCAACUUCGCGUCAUCGAAUUGUAGCGGUCAUUGGGCCUAAUUCCGAUGCUACACUUACUAUGAUUGGAAACUAUCACGGUGCACCAUGCUUGUUUACAUCUCCUCUACAAGGGAUUAGCAAGUAUGCUAAGACCAUUCAUCAACUUGGAUGCUUAGACGGCGUGGCUUGCAAUAACAACCAGUUGUUUGCUAGAGCAGAGGUUGCGGCCCGCCGUGCUGAUGCCACCAUCUUAGUGAUGGGCUUGGACCAGUCUAUUGAAGCAGAAUAUCUAGAUAGAGCUGGGCUCCUCUUGCCUGGACUCCAACAGGAGCUCAUAUUAAGAGCUGCCCAGGCCUCGAAAGGCCCAACCAUUUUGGUCUUGAUGUCUGGUGGGCCUGUUGAUAUCUCGUUUGCUAAGAAUGAUCCUCGUAUCGCUGCAAUCGUAUGGGCUGGAUAUCCAGGUCAAGCGGGGGGGCAAGCUAUUGCAGAUGUUUUGUUUGGAACAGCUAAUCCAGGAGGAAAGCUACCUAUGACGUGGUAUCCAAACAGAUACUUGUCGAAGGUGCCAAUGACCAAUAUGGCCUUGCGGUCCAACCCAUUGACGGGUUACCCAGGUCGAACCUAUCGAUUCUACAAUGGCCCUGUAGUGUUUCCCUUCGGGUUUGGGUUAAGCUACACCAAAUUCGUCAACACAAUGGUUGAAGCCCCAACAACCGUUUCAGUACCUGUAUCUAGCCUUCAUGCCUUGAAAAACUCAACCCAAUGGAGCAACACCAUUCGGGUCACCCACACCAAUUGUGACAAACUCUCAUUAGGUGUACAUGUGGAUGUACAAAACAUAGGCUCCAUAGAUGGACCGCACACUAUUCUUCUGUUCUCUAAAUCGCCAAAGGGAAAGCGAGCUCCAAUCAAGCAAUUGGUGGGUUUUGAGAAGGUCCAUGUGGUGGCUGGGUCUCGAGAACGGGUCAAGAUUGCUGUUGAUGUGUGCAAACACCUUACUGUUGUGGAUGAAGAUGGAAUUCGAAGGAUUCCAAUGGGCAAACAUACCCUUCACCUCGACGAUCUUAAGCAUUCCAUUUCUCUCCAAGCAAGUUUGGAUGGAGAGAGAAUUAAACCUUAAUGGGAGUUGGAAUAACCCAAAAUGGUUUUCCUUUUCCCUUAUCACCGAAUAAAUCCCAAAUGAGGAUAUCCAUUGCUCGUCCUACAAGAAACUCGGGCAUGGUUAUUUACUCAGUGAAUAGAAAAUUGGCAAAAAGGUAGGCCAUAGGAAAUUGAGAAAACCUUACAUCAUAUUUUAUCUUUUAAAGUCUUAAAAGAAAAAAUGAAUAGAAAAGUUGGCAAAAGAGCAAGCCCUGAGAAAUUAAGAAAAUCCUGUACAUUUAUUUGAUCUUUAAAAUGUUCAAAAGAAGAAUGGAAAUGUAAAAAAUAAAAAUAAAAAUAAAUACUUAUUUUUCUAAUGUAUGGUUGUAAUUUGUGAUUUCAAAUCACAAUAUUGACAAGGAAUGGAAGUAUUUAAGUUUGAAUGGA